ACGGCUAUUUCUCUCUCUUCUUCCUUCUCUCUCGCUCUCUUGUCUUCCUCAAUCUUCACUCUUCUUUCUCUCUGUCAAAUCCAUUUCUACUUCCUCCAAUUCGCCGUUUCUUUCCAAUGAAGCAUUUUAUGCAGCCAAGAAACGGUAUCUUGCGAGAUACCCAUGCCGCCGACCAGCCUUCUUCGUCGUGCCCUAGCGCCGGAAUCAAGGGAAGACCCCCUAGGAAGCCCAAGUCCUCCAAGGAGAAUGCUCCGCCUUCAGAUCCGAACUCCAUGCUUCCAGAUUCCAAACCCUCGCCGGCCAAGUCGAAGAGCCCGCUCCCUCCCCGUCCUCCGUCUUCCAAUCCACUCAAGCGGAAGCUCAGUAUGGAGGCACUUGCUGAGAAUUCGAUCCCUGGGUUGUCUGAUUCUGGUGUGAAGGUGGUAGUGCGGAUGAGGCCAUCGAGCAAGGAUAGAGACGAAGGGGAUAAUAUAAUACAGAAAGUUACUGAUGAUUCUUUGUCAAUUAAUGGCCAAACCUUUACUUUUGAUGCUGUUGCUGACACAGAGGCAACGCAGCUUGAUAUCUUCCAGCUUGUAGGAGAACCUCUAGUUGAAAAUUGUAUGGCAGGUUUCAACAGUUCCGUAUUUGCAUAUGGACAGACGGGAAGUGGAAAGACAUACACCAUGUGGGGUCCAACCAAUUCUUUGUCAGAUGACAAUUUAUUAAACGAACAAAAAGGCUUAACUUUCCGUGUUUUUGAACGACUUUUUGCUCGUAUAAAUGAGGAACAAGUGAAGCAUGCUGACAAGUUACUUAAGUAUCAGUGUUCCUGUUCUUUUCUCGAGAUUUACAAUGAGCAAAUCACUGAUUUAUUGGAUCCAAAUCAGAGAAACCUCCAGAUUAGAGAAGAUGUAAAGUCUGGUGUUUAUGUUGAAAAUCUAACGGAGGAGUGUGUAUCAACCAUGGCAGACGUUACUCAGCUUUUAAUGAAGGGUUUAUCAAAUAGGAGGACUGGUGCAACAAGUAUUAAUUCUGAGAGUUCGCGGUCGCAUACUGUUUUUACCUGUGUUGUUGAAUCUCGAUCCAAGAGGAUGGCAGAUGGUUUAAGUAGCUUUAAAACGAGUAGAAUAAAUCUUGUUGAUUUAGCUGGUUCCGAGAGGCAGAAGCUAACAGGUGCAGCUGGGGAGCGUUUGAAGGAAGCAGGAAAUAUCAACAGAUCACUCUCGCAACUUGGGAAUCUAAUCAAUAUUCUUGCCGAGAUUUCUCAAACUGGAAAACAAAGGCACAUCCCAUACAGAGACUCCAGGCUCACUUUCCUAUUGCAAGAAUCUCUUGGGGGAAAUGCAAAACUAGCGAUGGUUUGCGCCAUUUCUCCAUCACAAAGCUGCAAGAAUGAAAGUUUUAGUACAUUGAGGUUUGCCCAGCGUGCAAAAGCUAUAAAAAACAAAGCUGUUGUUAAUGAAGUUAUGCAAGAUGAUGUGAAUCACUUGCGUGAAGUGAUACGGCAGCUCAGGGAUGAACUACACAGACUAAAGUCAAAUGGAAAUAGUUCAAAUGACGCAAAUGGAGGACACUCUGCAGCAUGGAUCCGUAGAAGUUUAUAUCUACUAAAAUCUAGUAUAAGUCGUCCUAUCACAUUACCUCAUGUGGAUGAUGAUGGUGAUGAAGAAAUGGAAAUUGACGAGGAAGCUGUUGAGAAGCUCUGUGAUCAACUGGACAAACAAAAUACUGGUUCUGAGGCUAGUGAAGAUAAGGAAACUGAAACUGUUAAAUUAGGUUCAUCAAUUGCCUUAGAAGGAAAUGAGUUUUCUGGAACUGAAUAUCGAAAGAAAAGUUCUGAUGUUUUAGAUGUAAACAUGGAAGAGGAAACAUCUGUACAAGACGAGGUUAUGAUUGUUGGUACAACAGAAGAGCCGGUUUACGAUACUCCAGUAUGUUCCAGUGCUGACUUGACAAACCAUCAGAACCUUGAAGCACAAACUCAAAUAGCAACAAACUUGCUUGACCAACUCUUCUCAGGUGAACCUUCUGAGAAUAAUAUUGUGAGCUCUUUGAUGGAGGAGGGAGUAAAAAGUGGAGAACUAAAAACUCCAGGAGAUGGCCCCUUGUGUACAUCCUCUGAACCUCUCAGUGGAUAUCAGACUAACAAGUCCGAUUUAGAUACACUCAACAAUUCCUCAAAUGGAAUUCUUAAUUGUGUUUCUCCUCCAAGUCUCAGCAUAGUUCCUUGUGAUGUGUCGCCAGCUCUUAAAUCCCCUACUGCAAGUGCUUCACCUAGAAUCAGCGAUAGUAGGAAAAGCUUGAGGACUUCAAUGAUGUUGUCUGCUUCACAGAAAGAUCUUCAAGCUGAGACUAAGCUUGGCUUAGAUCUUCUGCAAAAACCACUUGAAAAGUCCUUGAGAUGGAGCUCCGCUAAUGCACUAUCAAUGUCUACCCAGAGUAAGAAUACUGCAGUAACUACAGAGCAGUUGGCUGCAAGCAUCCGAAAUGGGCUUGAAAUUAUUGAUAGUUGUCGGCAGAGCUCAGCAUUGAGAAGGUCUUCAUUCAGAUUUUCAUGUAAACCUGCAGAAAAGGUUAAUAUGCCAAUAAACAAAAUUGAUGUUGGCGUGCAAACAUCAUGCGGUGAUGAGGCUGCUGGUGAAAACCUUUUUAUGUGCAGUUGUUGCAGAAUUAGAAAGCAGCUGGAGGUUGGAGAGGAGAAAGGCAGCUCAGAUCUGCAAUUAGUACCUGUGGAUGGUCCAGACUCUGCUGAGAGGUCCAGGAUACAAGUUCCUAAAGCAGUUGAGAAAGUUCUUGCUGGGGCUAUCAGAAGAGAAAUGGCACUUGAAGAAUACUGCAACAAGCAAGCAUUUGAUAUUAAUCAACUCAACCGUUUGGUACAACAGUACAAACAUGAGAGAGAAUGCAAUGCUGUACUUGGGCAAGCCAGAGAAGACAAAAUUAUUCGCCUUGAGAGCCUCAUGGAUGGUGUUUUACCAUCUGAGGAGUUCAUGGAGGAGGAACUAUUGUCCCUCAAAUAUGAGCAUAAGGUUUUAAAGGAAAAAUAUGAGAAUCACCCUGAAGUCCUACAGACACGAAUGGAGUUGAAAAAAGUUCAAGAUGAGUUGCAAAGUUAUAGGAAUUUCUGUGACUUGGGCGAGAGAGAAGUGCUAAUGGAAGAGAUUCAGGAUUUAAGAAGUCAGCUGCAAUAUUACACUGAUUCACCUUCCACAUCCUCGCGAAUGCAAAAGUCUCUUUUGCAAUUGACUUAUUCUGAACCUAGUAGCUCUACACCUCUUGGUGCAAUCCCAGAGUUAAUAGAAGAGAGUGUUGAGGAAAAACUUGAACAGGAGAGAGUUCGUUGGACUGAGGCGGAGGGCAAGUGGAUCUCUCUUUCAGAGGAACUGAGAAGUGAACUUGAAGCGAGCAGGUUGCUAGCAGAAAAAAGAAAACGAGAGUUUGAAGCUGAGAAGAAAUGUGCUCAAGAGUUGGAGGAAGCUAUGCAAAUGGCAAUGGCAGUGCAUGCACGGUUACUAGAACAGUAUGCAGACUUGGAAGAAAAGCACAUGCAACUGCUUUUAAGACAUAGAAAGAUACAGGAUGGAAUUGGGGAUGUCAAAAAGGCAGCUGCUAGAGCAGGAGUUAAGGGUGCAGAAUCCAAGUUCAUAAACACCCUUGCUGCUGAAAUUUCUGCACUAAAAGUUGAAAGAGAACGGGAAAGACGCUAUCUAAGAGAUGAGAACAAGGGGCUUCAAGCUCAAUUGAGAGAUACUGCUGAAGCUGUGCAGGCUGCGGGCGAAUUGCUUGUGCGGUUAAAAGAAGCAGAAGAUGGAGUUGCUGCUGCUCAGAAGCGAGCAAUUGAAGCUGAGCAAGAAGUCGAGAAGGCCUACAAGCAGAUUGAUAAAUUGAAGAAAAAACUCGAAAAGGAAGCUACGAGGCCUGCUUACGAUGAUGAAACUAGCAAAGCCAAAUACGACAUAGACGAAACCCUCGAUCAGGGCUGGAGAGAGGAAUUUGAGCCAUUCUACAAUGGUGAUGAUGGUGAGCUACCUAAACUCUCAGAACCUUCCUGGUUUUCUGGAUAUGAUAGAUGCAACAUAUAGGAUGAAAAAGUUUUGGCAACCAGAUACAUGUCACCCGUAAAUUUCCCAUUAUAUAUAGGUUGUUCAAUAUAACCCUCUUUGUUCGUGUUCCCAAUAGCUAUUACUUCUGAUUAUGAGGAGAACUAUGUGCUAGUUCCCCCAUUGUCUGUAUUCAAAUUCAAAUUCAAAUUCUGGAAGUUCAUAAGGGGUGGAAUGAAUCGUAGAAUUCUUUCAUUGUGUC